CGAUGGACCGCUUCUGGCCGUUUAGUCCGCGGGCAUUCGAAUCGUUCAGUUCUCUCUUGGUGCAGUGUUCUCAAAGAGAAGGAAGAAUCGUUAACUUUGGUGGGCAGCAUGAAAGGAUUACUGAUGGUAGCUUACUUUGGCCUGCUGGCAGCAACAGUCAGUGCAUUCCCGGAUGGGGCACCAGCCGACACAUGUGUGAAAAGCCGAUUUAAUCAGCCGAACCAUGGAGCCGCUAGGACACAGGACGUCAGCACCAGCCCGUUCCGGAUUACUGCCAGUGGCAAUUCCUACGGCCCGGGAAGCCAGAUCCAAGUUGACGUCACCGGACAGGACGUGUUCCGGGGUUUCUUCCUGCAGGCACGGGAUGCACAAUCGAACGAAUGGAUCGGCGAGUGGGUGGAAUCUCCGAACACGAAAACCAUCCCGGAGUGUUCGGCGAUCACGCAUGCCGACAACCGGGACAAAGAGCGGGCUAGCUUUGUGUGGAACGCACCGAAAGACCGCCAGGGACAGGUCUACUUCACGGGCACCAUUGUGAAAAACUACGGAACAUUUUGGGCGAAUUUGAUCGCUGAAGCACCUGCGGCACGUCAUUUCGGCUAAACAUGUACCAAUGAUUUGUAAAUAAAAUACACUUUAUUUGUUUAGGAUUUUGUUUCUAAAUGUAAAUAAACAGUUUUUUUUUAAA